CUCUAUAUAGGGAUGGAGCCUCCAAAGUCAACCCGGGUGUUUUUUCUUUUUGUAUGGUUUGUAUUGUUUGUCGGUCUAGUUUGUAUUGUUUGUACAGUUCAUACGUUUGUAAUGUUUGUAUGUUUUGUCGCUCUAGUUUGUACUGUUCGUAUGUUUGUAUGGUUUGUACUGAUUGUAAAUCCAGUUUGUAUACUUUAUAAUUUUCCAUAAUACCCAAACUACCCCUGUCAUUAAUUAAAUAGCCCUUCCCACUUUUUAACUAUUAGAUUAAAGUGUCCAGAUCUAAUGGCUAGGAGGGGCUUAGUCAAGUGACUAAGGACCUCCCCUUAGUCAUGGGAUCCGCGCUCCCUAGGUCGCCUCCUUCUUCUUUGCUGCGUGUCAUCCACCCUGUCACUUUGUCCGUACUCUGUCUCCGGCUUGACCUGCUACAGGUUCAACCCGUACCUCGCACGUGCGCUCCCCUUCUCUCCCAUCUCCGCCCACACGUGCCGCCAGCAGCUCUCCUAUUCUCCUUUUCUUCCUUUCUCCUUCUCUUUCUCUCUCUCACUCGCAUUUUUUUUUUGUGGUGCAACAACAAUUGCCUCAUCACCCUCCUCUCUUCUCUACAACCACAACCGCAGCAGCCAACUCGUUUCAAAAAGAAGCCACGAUUCAGAGCUAAUUAUAAAACAAGCAGCUGCCUGAUUCUUUCUUCUGGAAUCUCAGAAAGAAAGAGAGAGAGAGAGAGAGGGAUUAGAGCGGCGUAGAGGGAGAUCGUCAAUUUGUUUCUCUUUAUCUUUUCUUUUUAGCUCUCGAUCUCGUGAGCUGGUAUUUGGUGAUUUCGGUUCUCGAUCUUUGCGGAUUAGCGAUGAGGAUCAGGAAGAGGAAGGUGCCGCUGCCGUUCCAUUUAGUCUCCCCAGUUCCCAUCCCUCCUUCAUUCUUCUCCACAGAUCCCGACCCCACCGCCACUACUGCUACUCCGCCGCCGCCGCUGGUGCAACUCCGGCAAGACCCCUCGGGAACAGGAGCACCGAUUCCCGCCUCCGAUGAUAACAAAGCUGGAGCUGCCGGCUUCGGUUCCAACCCGACUGAUCGACUGAAUCGGGCGGAAAGGAACGGCCACGUCGGCUCUGACGGCAUUGGGUGGGCGCACCCGAUUUACCCGAUUUCGUGGGAGGAUGGAAAAGAUGAAUUUGGGAUCAAGAGGAGCAUACGAGCCAACAAUGUUGCUGCUGCGAGUAUACAUAGCAAGGGAAGUAAGUGCAGUAGUAGUACUGAUCCGGAGAUUUUGGGACAACAACAACGACAAUCAGCUGCUCCCGCUUCUUCUUCCGCUUCUACUUCCCAUCUACCACCUGUACUUGGCGCAAUGUCGACGUGGUGCAAAGAGUAUCCUCAUCUUAAGGACACGAAGAAUGAUAAUAGUCACAAUAACAAGUCGCCAUUGUUAAUCCCAUCUCGGAAGAGAAGCAGCUGGUCAUCUUCUCCCUCCUCCUCGUCUUCAUCCUCAUCCUACUUUGACAUCAAUGGAGAUCCAGCGACGAUCAGGAGCCCAUCGAAUGGUCAGCAAGAAGUUCGACCACAAGCGUAUCAAACUCCUCGUGAUACCAAAGUCGUGCAUGCUGAUCAUAUAAGCGGAAUAGGUGGUGGUGCAAACAGUAAUAAUGACAAGAAGAAGAGAACACCAGCAGGAGGAGGAGGAGGAAGAGGGGGCGGCGGUGGCGUGGUGAUGGAAGGGUCUCGGUGCAGCCGAGUGAACGGGAGGGGAUGGAGGUGCUCGCAGCCAACUCUGGUGGGCUACUCUCUCUGCGAGCAUCACUUGGGGAAAGGCCGUCUGAGAAGCAUUACUACUGCCAGCAACCUCCGACCACCACCCCGUCAAUUGGGCACCAUCGGCACAACUUCAACUACUAUGACUGCUGCAAAUCCUUCUUUGGUUGCACCAAAGACGAAGCCCAAUCCAUCUUUGACGAUGAUCACCUCACCUGUCGUCCAUCCAUUUUAUGAUGGAACAGAUACAAGGACAAAGGGCGUUGGAGUUGUGCUGCCAAGUAGUAGCUAUGGGCUUUACGACGAGGUGGAAGAAGAAGAAGAGAAGAGGAAGCCGCAGCCGCAGUUUGUGUUUCCUAGUAAUAAGAAGAAGUCGAAGCUUGGGACGGUGAAAGCUCGGUCCAUUAGCAGCUUGCUGGACCAACCCGAUAACAGUAAUGCUGCUGUGGCGGCACUGCUCGCUGAUAAUCAUCAUCAUCACAAUAUUAAAUAUUGACCAUCACCAGCAGCAGCGAUCGUUCCACCUCAUAUCUGCCACUGUUAUUACAAUAUAAUUAAUAUGUCCAGCUUAUAUAUUCAGUAGUAGUACUAUCUAUCUAGUGAAGAUGAUCUCAGGUGCAAUUGUGUGAUAACAAGAAUCAGGGCCGGCCAAGAGGGUGUGCCGGUCCGCCCUCCGGCACAGGGCUUUCGAAUAUUAGGGGCUUCUACUUAGAUUCGUUAGUUACCGAUCGAAUAUGAUAGGUUGUUUUUUUUAGUGUAUGAUUGAUAGAUUAUGAAUACGAUGACGAAUUUAAUAGAUAAUUUUAGCUAUAAUAACAAUUGAAAAGGAUCUCACGGAGAAUACGAAAAUAGAGAGAUACUAGAUAAUUUUAAUUUAAACAAUAAAGAAAGAUAUUACAU